AUGUCAGUCGCUCAGGCUGUCGGACAGCAGGCGCCUACACGGACGCAUCUCACUCUCAAGGGUUCCACAACGCUUGUGCAUGAAUUUUUCAAUUAUUCGGUACAGAGCAUAUUGUAUCAGCGCUCUAUUUACCCCUCUGAUGACUUUCGUACCAUCAAAAAGUUUGGCCUACAAAUGCUCGCGACGACGGACGAAGACCUGGCUGACUAUCUGGACCGGGCCAUGCAACAACUAAAAAAAUGGCUUGAACAAGGCAAAGUGCGUCGUUUGGUCGUGGCCAUUGUUGAAAAAGAAACUCAGGAGACUGUUGAACGCUGGCAAUUUGACAUUGAAGUGUUGAACGAAGGCAUGGCGGAAUCAGACGUUCCCAAAAGCGAUGAUGCGAUACCCAAAUCACUCCGCAAGACGGAUGCACAGGUCAAGGCAGAAAUGGCUGCCAUUAUCAAACAAAUAACUGCGAGCUGUACGUUUUUGCCGGUGCUGGAGGAACCAUGCGCGUUCCAAAUUUUGGCCUACACGGACCGUGAUGUUGAAGUUCCGGUGGAAUGGUCAGAUUCUCACGCUCGUCUUAUUGCUGAGGGCAAGGCUGAACAGGUCAAACUGCGCAGCUUUUCUACACAUGUCCACCGCGUCGAUGCGAUGGUGGCAUACAGGCGCGAAGACGACAUAUAA